CAUUUGUCUACUUAACCAUCGAACACUUCGACCUGUUCGUCACUCUUUCAGAUAUACACUGAAUUAAGUUCUGGUACCAAGCAGGCGUAGUUAAUCAGCACCCCUAUUUCAGAAACAUUAUGUCACCAUUAACUUCUUUAGCGGUAUAUGCAGUGCUAGCUUUGGCUGGUCAUGCUGCUGCUGCCACUAACAAAUCUGGAAAGCUUAGAGUUACUGGCGUAGGUAGAUCGGACAUCGGUACCACACUCACACAACUGACAAUGGGGAUACAGCGCUCAUCGACUUGUGAUAUUACCCUGCCCCCGGAUCAAUGUUCAGCAUUGGAGAUCCAAGACAAGAUAAAUGCGGUUACUCGACCAUUAAUUUCCUAUCUCAGCGGACUUGAAGGCGUCAAGUCUGUGCAAGCGGAUGGUCUUAAUAUCGAGCAACAAAAUGAGAGGCGGCCAAUCUCUAUAGACAACACUGAUUGUGCACCUUGUAUAGACACCAGCGACAACGACCGUGAAGUAUCCAGAGAAAAUGUGUACCGGACUGUCCUCACUGGCUACACAGCUGAAUCUACUAUAGUGGCUGUUGUACCAAGCUCGGCAAUCGGCGAGAUUAUCGAUCAAUCGUUACAGUUCGGUGUUAACGAUGUGUAUGAUGUAUCAUUCUUUGUAGACGCAAAUACCCUGAAUGAAGCGAAAUACAAAGCGAUCGCCUCGGCAACAACGAAUGCGGUUAACCAGGCCAGUGCUGCGUUAGGAGUCUAUGAUGAGAUGAUUUUGUACACUAACCUUGCAGAAAUCCCAUUUGACAGAGAUUACGGAUUCGAUGAGGUGCCUUACACAGAGGGACCUGCACUUAUUGGAGAUGAUGCGGUACUGCAAACGGUAGUAGACGGCAAAUUAAUCGGCGGUAUUCGAACGAUAGAGUAUAAAGUGAAGCUCGAUUUAGUGACUUCAAGUUUCUAAAACGACCGCAUUAUAGAUGCAUUGGAUACACAUCACGACAAUAAAACAAAAGUAUCUAAUGUUUACAACACUAUCCAGACUACCCUGAGAGAAAUCUUUCUACAUGUACAAAGAAUAAAAGUAUUUAUUCC